CCCCUCCGCCUGUGUCGCUUUGCGGCAGGAUUUAGGCUGAUGCAAAGUUACAUGUGCGACUGAGCAGACAUCCGCAGACGGUCUUGGGCUUCUAGUUCCAUUUUUUUUUCUGUCUAAUAAAUAUAUCAUCAGCGGACUCCUGUUUUACUAGGGUCAACAUGGCGACCGAGGUAAAAAAAGGUGUGGAGACACUCUCAAUCGGAGAGCUGUAUGUGUCCGACAAGUGUGGCAGCGACCAGGAUGGAGACGGCACGCAACAGAAGCCCUUCAAAACGCCUCUCAAGGCUCUACUGUUUGCUGGGAAGGAUCCAUUCCCGACCAUUUAUGUCGACUCACAGAACGAGGGAGAGCGUUGGGCAGUGAUCUCCAAGACGCAGAUGAAGAACGCAAAGAAGGCCUUUAACCGCGAGCAACUGAAGACCGAUGCCAAGGAUAAGAAGGAGGCAGAGGACGGUGAGAGGAGAGAGAAGAACUUGGAAGAAGCCAAGAAGAUCAUCAUUGAGAAAGACCCCAGCCUCCCUGAGCCUGAAAAGGUUAAAAUCAACCAACUGGAGGCAAAGAGAGGUCAGAGGGUGAAGGUGUACGGAUGGGUUCACCGCCUCAGGAGACAGGGCAAGAACCUGAUGUUCAUCGUGCUGAGAGAUGGAACUGGUUUCCUCCAGAGCGUCCUGUCCGAUAAACUGUGCCAGUGCUACAACGGCUUGGUGCUGUCCACAGAGAGCACCGUGGCUCUGUACGGGACCGUGACUCCUGUUCCUGAGGGGAAACAGGCGCCCGGAGGCCACGAGCUGCACUGUGACUACUGGGAGCUGGUGGGCUUGGCCCCGGCAGGUGGAGCCGACAACCUGCUGAACGAAGAGUCCGACGUGGACGUCCAGCUGAACAACCGUCACAUGCUGAUCAGGGGGGAGAACGUCUCCAAGAUCCUCAGAGUGCGGUCCACCGUGACACAGUGCUUCAGGGACCACUUCUUCAACCGCGGAUACUAUGAGAUCAGUCCUCCGACCAUGGUGCAGACUCAGGUAGAGGGCGGCUCCACGCUGUUCAGCUUCAACUACUUUGGCGAGCAGGCCUACCUGACGCAGUCCUCUCAGCUCUACCUGGAGACCUGCAUACCCGCCCUAGGAGACACCUUCUGCAUUGCUCAGUCGUACCGAGCUGAGCAGUCUCGCACCCGCAGACACCUGUCUGAGUACACUCACAUCGAGGCCGAGUGUCCCUUCAUCUCAUUCGAUGAUCUGCUGAACAGACUGGAGGACCUGGUGUGUGACGUGGUGGACCGCGUGCUCAAAUCCCCCGCCGCACCGCUGCUCUACGACAUCAACCCGAACUUCAAACCUCCCAAGAGGCCGUUCAAGAGGAUGAACUACACCGAAGCCAUCGAGUGGCUCAAAGCGCACGAUAUCAAGAAGGACGACGGCACUUACUACGAGUUUGGAGAGGACAUCCCCGAGGCUCCAGAGAGGCUGAUGACCGACAGCAUUAACGAGACCAUCCUGCUCUGCCGUUUCCCAGCUGAGAUCAAAUCCUUCUACAUGCAGCGCUGCCCCGAGGACAGGCGGCUCACUGAGUCGGUUGAUGUGUUGAUGCCCAACGUUGGUGAGAUUGUUGGAGGCUCAAUGCGUAUCUGGGACGCUGAAGAGCUGCUGGACGGAUACAAAAGGGAGGGGAUCGACCCAACCCCAUACUACUGGUACACUGACCAGAGGAAGUACGGCACAUGUCCUCAUGGGGGAUACGGUUUGGGUCUGGAGCGUUUCCUCACCUGGCUGCUGAACAGACAUCACAUCAGGGACGUCUGCCUGUACCCUCGAUUCAUCCAGCGCUGCAGACCCUGAGCCACAUCUAUACGCCAACAUACACUCACACAAACACACACAACACACAGUACGACACAAGUACCUCCAGGAUAUGGCAUGUGGCAGCACUCUGUUAGCCGUGCUGCACAUUAAGUCAAAUUACAGAAACGAGUUUUGUUUCGUUACUCGAUUUAUUUUCUGCAUUACACAUAAAUUCUGAAAGCUUAGCAGCUUUCCAGUGAACUCUGUCACCACAGACUCAGUUGGAUAUUCCACGUGCAGUGCUCUGCCUGAAACCUUAAAUCUUCCAUCUUCCCCUUAUUAGCCCUGUGACUAAUUCUGAUCAUUUCUGCCUCUACACAUGUUGUCUUAUGGCGGAUUAUUGAACUAGAAAUGAACAGUUUUACUGUUCUAUAAGUCCUUAUAACAAAAUGAUACCUUUCUGCACUAUACAUUUAUUUUUUUACUAUGAUUUAUUAGCAAUGCGGCUUUAAAAUGGAAUUUUAAAGUUUUCGAGAUAACUUUGUAGCCGUUUAAGUAAACAGUCACAUGAACCUUCAAAAGAACUUUUGACAACUUAUCAUGUUUCUUCAAAGGCAGAACAGAAUCCUGUCACAAAAAGGUCUGAAACUUAGAGGGUCAGAAUUGAGGGAAUAACAGAAACUGACGUAAAUCGGAGCACAAAACAUGAGAUGGAAAUCUACGAUGACGGUUCAUUUUAAGAUUUCAAAAAAUUACAAGUUACACACACACACACACACACCUUCCUUCUGCUUCCUCAUUGUGCCAGGUGACCACUGUCCAUCAACAGUUGGUUCAAAGUAAUAUCACAAAAAAAUAGCGCUACUUCUUCUGCACACUGUUUCUUGUUCAUGGGAACAAUUUACUUCUUUUCUAAAUUAAAUCCAGCCUUGUCUGGAAAUCAAAGGUAGAAAUAAACCGUGGGCAGCGGUCUGUCCGUCAUAUUCCACCAUCUGAAGUCCUGGUGGUUUAGAAAUGUGACAUUAUUCUCGAUCUCUUUCUGUCUCUGUCUGCUCUGCCUCUUCAUAUGAUGAACCUCCUACUCAAUUAACUGCACUUAAAUAAAAUGUGACUCAAACAUG